GAAAUGUUCUGCGCAGUGGAUGACACGGCAGAGAAGCAAUCAGCAGAGCAGUUCGAGAAGACCGCGUGGUCGAACGUCUUCAGGCUUCCUGGCUACUCGCUUCUCCAACCGAAGAUUGAGCAGGACCUUCAGGAGUUGCGUCGGCGAGCCAGGUUUUCUCAUCUCCAAAUGCAAGUCGACGAGAAGGAGGAUCCCGGCUCCCUCGACAGCCUGAUGCUGCGCCAUUCGAAUCACGAGAGGACGCUGCAACAAUUGCAGAACCUUUGGGGGGACUUGGCGGCAUACACUCCAUACUUCCUCCUCUGGGGCAUGCGGAGCCUCCUCAGCUCUUUCUCGUUCUACGCUCUGAGCCAGUACUUCAUCGACGGCUUAUCCUUUGGCUACAUUGUGCAUUUCUUCUACCUGAUCCUUGUCCUUGGCAUGAGCGCCCUCUCGGAGAGCAUGAUGCGCACGAACAAGUUUUUGACCGCCGUUGAGAGGUUCCUGCUUCUGGUCGAUCAUGCCUCUGCAUUUGCAGCCACUUCACAUGCGCGGAGGGCUGCGACGACUUGGUCUGAACGUGAAGGCCUUUCUGGCUACAGUGGCAUCUUCAUCGUUGCAUGCUAUGCCGCGCAGUGCGGUGUCUGC